AUGACGUGGCUCACGGUGCCGCGACUUGCCUCGUGGCUGCUUGCACCCAUCGCUCUUGUGGCGGUGGCGGGCGCUGCCGACGCAGACGUGAGCUGGGAUGAGAACAGGGUGCUGGGGAUCCAAGGGGAACUCGUGCCCGCGGGCGAGCCCGUCAUGAUCUACACGAAUGUGUCCAACAGCAAGUAUGCCAACGGGGGGUUCGAGAAGAUGGAAAUCUACCUCAACGCGCAGGGGGAACAGAAUUCCACCAAAUUCUUUCCGGACGUGUACUGCGUCCUUGUUCCCUGCGUCUGGACAAACGUCACGGCUUUCAACGUCACGAUUCCCAAGGAUGCGUUCCCGUCCGGGGCUGAGAUGAAGAUAUGGUCCGAGAUUUACGGGUCGCACCAACCCGGAAAGGACCCCGGCGGGUUUGUCUCGCCAGACAAGGGUGGUGCGAGGUUCAACUUGACGGGUGGCAGCGGGGCCUUCUCCGAGUACGAGAAACACAACGGCUGGUCCAUCUUUGGCGGCGGCGCAUACCUCUUUUCCUGCGACGUGAUUACCUGCGCGAGGAAGUGCAUGGUGAAGUACUUCAAUCCUGACAAGCCGGGCUACACCCAGUCGUAUACGCGGGAGGCGAAGGACUGCGUCGAGGCUUGCGGUCCGUAUGUCGAGGCGGACCUGGAGCGACGCAACGACUGCAUUACGACCAAUGCGACGGACCACAAGGAAACGGGGUCCAAGGGUGGAUCGGGGAGCGGAUCUGGCGGCACGUCCAAAGAUGGUGUCCGCGAACCAACGCAACGGCCCUGCACCAGUCUCAUCCUCACCCCUGCCGUCGGCUUCGUCGUCGCCCUCAUCAUCUUCGUCAUGGUGUUUGGCGGUCUGUACAACCUCAGCUCCCGACAGCAGCGACGCCAGAUGAGCUUCAAACCGAACCGCGGCGCCGACGAGCGCACGCCGCUCAUCAACGGCGAGUCGUCGACAGACAAUGGCCACGUCGUCCAGCAGCCGCGCUCAGAUGUCUACGCCUUCUUCCUCGAUUAUCACCACACGCCCGGCAGGGACAGCGAUAGCCUGCCUAUCCGGAGCUUGGCUUACACCUGGCACAUUACCAAGGUGACCCUGCUCAGCAACUAUGUCAACUUCCUCCUUGUCAUGGUGCCGAUAGGCAUUGUCGCCGGCGUCAUGGGCUGGAACCCAACCGCCGUCUUCGUUCUCAACUUUUUCGCCAUCAUUCCGCUCGCCGCCGUCCUGUCCUUUGCCACGGAAGAAAUCUCAUUGAAGCUCGGAGAAGCACUGGGAGGCCUGCUGAACGCCACCUUUGGCAACGCUGUCGAGCUGAUUGUCAGCAUUGUCGCUCUCAAGGAUGGCCAGAUCGAAGUCGUCCAGUCCUCCAUGCUCGGCUCUAUCCUGUCCAACUUGCUCCUUGUUAUGGGCAUGUGCUUCUUCUUUGGUGGCCUCCGUCAUCGCGGCACGAAUGGUAGCGGCACGGAGCAAGAGUUCUCUGCUGCCGUUGCGCAGACGACUUGCUCGCUCAUGACGCUGUCUUCGGCUUCGUUGGUCAUUCCCGCUGCUCUGUACGCCGUCAUGAACCAGAACGGGUCCGAGGAUAAGGGCAAGAGCAUUCUCGUCUUGUCUCGCGGAACCGCCAUCAUUCUCCUCCUUCUCUACGUCCUCUAUCUCAUUUUCCAGCUCCGCACGCACAGCAAUCUUUUCGACGCCGAGAGGCAGGCCGCUGCCGACGAAGAAGAGGAGGAGCCUCACAUGGGUGCCAUCGCUGCCGCCGGUGUCCUCGUCGUCGUGACCGUGCUCGUUGCCAUCUGCGCCGAGUACUUGGUUGGAAGCAUCGACGACAUUGUGCAGAGUGCGAACAUCAGCAAAGCGUUCAUCGGUCUAAUCUUGAUCCCAAUCGUGGGCAACGCCGCGGAACAUGUGACGGCAGUGGUAGUUGCGCUGCGCAACAAGAUGGACCUGGCCAUGGGUGUUGCCAUCGGUUCCUCCAUCCAGAUCGCCCUGGGCGUCACUCCCUUCCUUGUCAUUGUUGGCUGGAUCAUUGACCGGCCCAUGAGCCUGCACUUUGAGACCUUCGAGACUGUCGCGUUCGCCGUGUCCGUCUUGGUGGUCACCUACACGGUACAGGACGGAAAAUCAAACUACCUCGAAGGCGCCAUGCUUCUCGGUCUUUACAUCAUCAUCGCGGUUGCGUUCUACGCCACCCCGGCCGACGCUCUCGACCAGGUUCACAGCCUCAUUAUGGGGUAA